AAAGAGGUUUGUGGUAAAUCUCUUUCUGAAACUUGUGUAUGUACAAUGUAGACAUCGACAUAUAAAGGAAUCGACAAGCGGCCGUCCCUCCAGGGUUUUAUAGACGCAGUGUCGCCGGGCGGGCAGUCCGGCACAGACGGCAGUGGCGCGUCGCGUCCCGAGCACGCCGCACGCGUCUGCCAGCCACGCCGCGAGCCGCCAGCCGCGAGCUCACACAUUCCCGCAAACUAACACGAUCGAUAACACAAACCCGCGAUAAAAAAACAAAUCCUUCAACUACCGAUCUCAUCAAAACCACCUCUAAACCGCUCAUCCCGAUUAUCAUGCUAAACAUUUUUAUGUAACUCAUUUUAGAUGGCAACAUCGAUAGCGCGUGGCGCACCGGCGUCAACAAUGUAGCCAUAGUGACGCGAUCGUGUUGACAGUUUGACAGAACAUGACACUAAAAUACCGUUGAUUUUUGAAUAAACAUGUUUUUAAAACGUUAUGUGUUGGUUGUUAUGUAUUGUUAAGAUGACGACAAUAAUUUUGGUGGUUUGAAUUGUUGGUAAAGUACUAUACGAAAAUGGGAAAUGGAAUGAACAAGGUGCUCCCCGGGCUGUACGUGGGCAAUUACCGGGACUCUAAGGACACGGUGCAGCUAGACAAGUACAAGAUCACACACAUCCUGUCCAUACACGACGCCGCGAGAAGAUUGCAUUCGGACAAGCACUACCUCUGCAUCAUGGCGUCGGACUCACCAGAGCAGAAUCUGACGCAGUACUUCAGUUUGUGCAACGAUUUCAUUCACGCCGCGCGACUGAGAGACGGAAACGUUCUCAUACAUUGUUUGGCAGGGAUGUCGCGCAGCGUGACAGUAGCGGUGGCGUAUAUCAUGUCGGUGACGCCGCUGACGUGGCGCGAAGCAUUAAAGGUGGUGCGAGCGGGAAGAGCCGUGGCCAACCCUAACCUCGGCUUCCAAAGGCAGCUGCAGGAAUUUGAGACGUACAAACUAGUUGAGGAAAGAAGAAGACUAAAGGAACGUUACCCGUCCUUGGCAUUAGCUGAUAGAGAUCUGUCCGAGUGCCGUGUCAUGCUGGACUCCUACCAGACCAUGUUGAACCAGCGCACCAUCUGUGAGGGAAAGUGUUCAAUGGGCCGACAAUGUCCUACUGGAGUAUGCAGAACAGGGUCGAAGCGACAACCGCGACCGAGGAAGCCGUCAGUUGCCGCAGGGUCCGCGGAAGGCCCAGGGCUGAAGAGGUCCCCGUCUACUUUAUCCACCACGUCCACUGUCUCUGGGUACCGACCGCGGUCGUCGCCAGCUGGACUUUAUAGUUAUACUGGAGCACCGUCUCGUCCGACACGUUCCACGUCAGGGUUGAGCGUGACGCGCGUGACGGACCCGGUGGGCGGCGGGACGGCUAUGGCGGUCGGAGGGACGGAGUACUCUCGGCGGAGGGCUGCCUCCGCACCUGCUACUCCUGCUCUCUCGCCAGCCUCCUCGCCGCCCGGAUCGCCACAUCGAGCACCGCACAGACGCGGUUGUGCGUGGGUGAUACCCUCGGUGCAGUGGGACCCUGAUACCCUGUGACGUCACCACGUCGUCUCAAGAGGUCUUAAUCACUCUCAUCGCACCCUCACCCUCCAGAAGAUCGCGUGCCCUGCAGCGGUGUUCGUAGCAAACAUCCGUGCGACGUGCAGCAUCAAGCCAGGCUCGAGCGCACAAACCAUGUCUCACCCCCGCGUCCUCUAGCUCGUAACAUGCACUCUCGCGGGCCAGUCUCAUUACUCGCUCAUCUAAUAUCCAGAACUAAUCUCACAGAUUAAACUGAGAUUUGGUCUAAGAUUGGCUGGCCAAUCUAUUUUAUACAAGCCCUCUACGCACUAUCCAUCACGUAGAACGCGAGGGGCAUGUCCGAUUGCCGCAACUAUCCCCAAAAAGGGAGAAAACAUCGUAAAACGGAAAUUAUUCCGGCUAGAAAAACAAGGUUUCGUCCAACAAUACUUCCUAAUGGUUUGUCGUAUAGUGAACUAACGUUUAGUACAAUGUAUCAUGCAACAGAGGGCAGCAGGGAUGAAUAAUGCAUAGAGGGCUUUAACAACAAACUAGGAACCGACGGGCAACGCUCCGAAUUUUAAAUAGCGAGUACUGAAACUGGCCCUUUUUGCUUCUGUGGCUUAAGAAUGCCAAAUGAAGCUUGUAAAUGUAAUAAGCAAUAUAGUAAAGGAUAGGCGUUGGAUGAGAAUAUUAUAUGAUAUUUGGAGGUUUGAUGAUGCAAGGUAAUUUUUAAGGAUAGAGGUUUGAUAGCGGUCGAAGUUGUAGGGUUGGACAAGUUGGAUCAAUUCUAAAUUGUCGUUUACCUUCGCGGUAGCGUCGUGAUAUAAAUUACUUCAACGAAACUAAGGACUUAGGUAUGUUAUAAGAUUCGGAUGGUGAGCCGCUAUUGUAGCGGUACUCAUUUUUUAUUUAUUUAUUUAUUUAUUUAUUAUUGUGAUGUUAA